CGUAGCAUCUUUCCCUCUCCCACGCACGCAGGGCGUCGUAGCGGUGCUGUGGGCAGUGGCCUUCGGCUUCGGCGCGGCUUGCGUGGCGUACCGCUUCGAGUGGACCCGCGGCACGAAGCACGGUGACUUGGCGAAGGUGUCACUGGCUUUCUGCGAUCGCACCAUUUGGGCCACGGCGCUGGCAGCGCUCACCUUCCUCUGUGUAACCGGAAGAGGCGGCCUUGUGGAGAGGAUGCUGUCGGCAGCUCCACUGGCGGUGCUUAGCCGGCUGUCCUUCGGCGUGUACCUCAUCCACUUCCUAUUCUACUUUGUCUCCAACAACGCGGCGAGGGAGAGGCGGUACGCGGGUGUUUACGAGUUGUUCUCGGAAAGCGCGUCGGUGUUCGUGUGGAGCUGCAUACUUGCGUUGGCACUGUUCCUGGCGUGCGAGGCUCCCGUGGGUCGCCUGGACAAGAUCAUCUGGGGCCAGCCACCGCAGAAGAAAAAAGAGAAGCCCAUCAACGGUACACAAGAUCCCACGCACACGCAGUCAAAGGAGGCUCCUUAACGGUCGGAUUUUACCAAAUAAAGAAAGGAAAGAAAAGGAAAAUGUAGCGGUAGUAAUCGCUACAUUUUGUCAUCUUAGACAUAAUGUUGUUUGUUGUUUUAUUAACUGUACAUAAAUAAAAUGGUAGGCUUCGUCAUAGUCGGCUUUCUCAAGACACAGUUAAGGAAUAAGGACGCUGUCUUCCACAUUACUGCCCAUGCGUGCUCACCAAGGCAGCACCAACAUACAAUGCCAACAAAAAAGUUAAACAAAAAAAAAAGCUAAUAAGAGGAGAUUUCACCUUAGGCAAUCCAUGCAAAACACUUUUGUUGGUACCCCGAGAACCAAACGCAGAUGCUGUCUACGUAAAUGGACAGUUUACCUGACGUCCGACCAGAUUCUCCCGCUUGAGCGAGGCUGGCCAUGGUAACAUUAUAGAUUAACGAAAAUAGAACACAUCCUUGCGGGACGCGGAGGGAGAGGUGUCGCUCUUCACUAAUCAUAUUACGAGUUUAACCCGGGCACAAUCUCCGCGAAAUUAUGUACGAAUC